CAUGAGCCAAACGUCACAGGAAAGGACAUGACAAUUCUGAUGAUGUUGGGAAAUCUAUAAGCAAAACAGCGAUUUUCGCUAAAUAUAUAACUUUAGAAUACCGUAAGUAACAAGUUGACAACACCAUCUUGCUAUUAUUCUAUGACAAUACAUCUUUAAGUGUGGGGUUUACUCAAAAGUUUCAUGUUAUAUUCGACGGGAUAGUAAAAGUUUAUGAGCCCUUAUGCGUUCUGCGUGGAUAGUGCGCGUGAGGCGCAAGGAGGGCGCGGUGGCGCGUGAUCCACUGUCGAUUGCGGAGUUUUCGGUAGAGCCGCUAAGGUUACAUGGAGAAGUGGGAAACUAUUUGAUCGAAGAUGUCAAAUGCGGAACAGGAGGUAGAACCGGUCCCGGUGGCGGUGGGUAACGGAGUUGACACGAGUCGCCGUUACCGGAGAAAGCUCUCAGCAGAUGACCACAAGCAUCAUCACCAUGAUCCGGUAAAAAUUGAGACUAUCACCCGAAGUAGAAAAAUAGGCACCUCCAGAGAAGCUGGCAGUGUAAGGGGAACCAUGUCAACGUCUGAAGACAGCUUCCCAACAGCUCUACCCAUGUUGCUGGCCAUGGUGGAGGGGCCCGACAGGCACCCUGCAGACGAGGGGUCUCAGGAAGUGCUGCGGGGGAAACUCUGCCUCCUGGAGGCCGACAGCGCGGAGGUCAACGCUCUCUUUACGGAACUCUCUGCCAGGCUGGUCACCAUCAACAGUGAAGAAAACGUGAUAUUCGUCACAUUCAAAACAUUCGAAGAGAUAUGGAAGUUCACCACAUAUUACACAAUGGGCUUUCUGGGUCAGUGCAUGGAGAACUUGCUCCUAGACCAGGAUUUCUGGUUGAGCUCUAUGGACCAGAAGAACGUGGGCAUAGAGAUCUCUAUCCAAGAGGAUACUCUCAACCUAAUGUACAAAGGCAUUCUCAUGCAAGAGGGUUCCUUCUUCGCCAGCUGCAGUUCCACCCAGAUGUUUGAUAGCUCCACCUCUGGUAGUGACCUCUACCUGGAGCAGGGGGACAUAGCCCUGUUCGAGCCCCCGUUCUUGGGGUCGGGGUGGACUGUACUGUCCCUGGGGGAUGGAGCCCGGGGGACCAAGCCCAAACCAGCCCUGGAGCCCGUCAUACCCUUCCACCAAUGGUUCUUGAAAUCCUGUGCGGAGAACAUCUUAGUUGGUAGUGGCAAGCCAGCAUGUGACUUCCUCUGCCAGUUUGCCACAGGCUCCUGCAUUGCCACUGUGGAGUAUGACGCAGGAGGACCAGAUGAGCUGAGCCUGGAGCAGGGUGAUCACAUCCUCAUUGUGGGCCUGUUGGUGUCUUGCUUCGAUUGGUUCACUGGCAGGCUGGAGAGGACAGGAGAGGUGGGACUGGUGAUGACAACACUGGUCAAGCCAGCUGAUGAUACCCUUUGUGAGUUGGCGGACAUAUUCCUAGACCAAGAAGAAAGGUUAUUUUUUAACCUUAAAGAAGAGCAGAUCAAAGAAGAAACUAUUGCCUUGCUGAAGAAAAUCUCCCAGAAUGAUGUUGGAUCCGUCUACAAACUUGAUCUGAUUGAUCAACCAGAUUCUCCAAAGGAACCAUCUCAAAAUGGUUCCCAAGGAAACAUGGAUGCUCACCAACAAGCAGAACUGAAGAGGAAGAUAGAAGAGAUUCUACAAGAAAGGAAGGAGAAAGUGCCUUGUGCGACUGUGAUGACAAACGGAACUCUGGAGGACCACAGUGUGUCCUCUAAGACUACAUUACCCAGUGGGCCUCACUUCACUGUCCACCCAGUAGAGGAAGGCACCAUCACCAACCAAGAGAAACUCCUUCCUCUUCUAUCCUUUCUGGGCGGCUCUGACUACAAGCCAGAUUUUGGCACCCUCUACGUACAAACCCCAGAACUGCUCCUUGCCACUUUCAACGGCCACUCGGAUGACAUUGACGAAUUGGUGGCAUACUUAGGCAUAGCCAGGGAAACGGCCAGGAAGAAGCGUCUCCAUUGGUCGCAGAGCCGCCUCUGUUUGCUUUUGGGGAAACUCUGCGCGGGAAGUUCAAAAUUCUCCCAAGCUCGAGUCUACUUCGAGGAGGCCCUCAGCAUCCCUCGAGAUGGAUUCACGGACAUGCUAAUGCUAGCUAACAUCUACGUAAACCUAGCUGUGAUCUAUCUCAUGCAAAAAAACACAGAGAAGUACUUUGCUUUGUCCGAGCGGAUUGCUGCAUUGCUUAUGGGUAUCCCUGACUGCGUCUCUACUGUAGAAAAAGACUCUGAAGUUCUCAAGUUCAUCCUGAAGAAAGCGGUUCUCGCUCAUAACAAGAUGGCUGAAGCACGUGCUUGUUUCCUUCUAGCAAAGCUCCACUGGAGGCGAGGCGAGGGGGCGGACGCUGUCCCGUUCUUGGAGAGACUUCUGGUUCUCUCGGCAGAGCCAGCAGGUGUCCGGAGCGUCAGGCCCAGCCACGGCUACCUGAGCCUGGGGAGACUGUACAGCCAGCUCUCCCUCCCCCAUCUCUGUGUCAGCUCAGCCAGGAGAGCCACAAUGCAUCCGUCCGCUAGGCUAGCCGAUUGUCUGAAUGGAAUGGGGCUAGUGCUGGAGAACACAGCCAGACUCUAUGGGAUCCGGAAGCAGGAAGACACCAUUCCAGCUCAAGUGGCUCUGUAUCUGAGCCGGUCGCUCUCUUUCACUGGGGAAUUAGCUGGAGUCGGUGGCAAUGGUGACCACACUCUAAGCCAGGCACUAACACUCUGUCUAUCCCAACUGUUUCAGAAACACGGGAAACUAGGACGCGCGGUGCGCUCCAUGCACACUCUCAUAGACGAUCAUUGCAGGCCGUCAUCAUCAUCUUGCGCCACUAGCAGCCCUGAACGCAUCAGCGCCCUCGUGUGGCUAGCCUGGCUGCACAUCUGUGACAGCCAACCGGAGGUAUCACUAGAUGUUCUAGACUCAGUGCUGGCCUCCAUGCCAGAACACUGCACUACUCCACAGGAAGGAUUGGUCCACAACAUGAGGGGUGUGGCCCUUCGAUGCACGGGAAACCUGCGGAGGGCGGCAGAAAGCUACCAGGCGGCCAUUUAUGUGUGUGAGGAGUUUGAGGACAGGGCCAACUGGGCGGUCGCGCAGGCUAACCUGGGGUUGCUGAGUCUGAAGGCUGGGGCUAAGGGUCUGGCGGAGAGGCAUCUCACGGAAGCCGUGGAGCUGUUCUCAGAGCUGGGUGGAGAGGAGCAUGAGGUGAACUUUAUAACAGUGCUGCUGGAGCUGGGACAACACUGUGUGAACCAGAGAUUCCUGGAAAGAGGGAAGAUCUACUUUGAGUGGGCUCUGCUGAUGGCCAUUAAGUCAAACCAUUUAGACAGUCAGUUAAGUGCGACGCGGCGUCUGUGCCACCUGUACGGAGCUGUAUGUUCUGACGAAGCUCAGUGCAUAAUCUACAACGAACAUCAGCUUGCCAUACUAGCGACCCGGGGAGACAGAGGACAAGAGGGGGAGGUGCUGGAGACCAUCAGCCAGCUAUACCUCAGUCUGGGGACCGAGAGGGCUAGGUGGUCGGCUCUGGACUACACCAAGCGUAGCCUGGGUAUCUUCAUCGACCUGGGCUGGAAGGAAAAGGAGGCAUAUGCCUGGCUGCAGGCUGGGAAGAUAUACCAAAUGCUGGGCCAAACCGAACUGGUGGACCUCUAUGUACAGGUGGCCCAAGAUGUGGGCCUGAGUACAGGAGACACACACUUUAUCCUACAGCUGCUGGAGGCAGCAGGGGAUGUCUUCUUCAACCUCAACCAGGAGAGAGAGAAGGCUGUCUGCUUCUAUAGGGACCGUGCCCUGCCCAUCGCUGUGAGGACCAGCAGUACAGAGGCCAGACUAAGGCUGUCUAACAAGCUGGUGGAGCUGCUACUGCAACUGAAGCUGUAUGGAGAGGCCGUGGAGUACGCCCAGGCCGCCCUGGACAUCAGUGUUACAUUGGGAAAUCGUCUAAAUGAGCGCGUGGCCUUCCACCGGCUGGCCACCCUGUACCACUGUCUGGGUCAGUUUGAACUGGCUGAACACUACUACCUGAAGACCCUCUCCCUCUGCCCCACGCCCCUGGAGUUUGAUGAGGAAACCCUGUACUACGUCCGAGUCUAUCAGACGCUAGGGGACAUCAUCUUCUAUGACCUGAAGGACCCCUACGAUGCCGCGGGGUACUACCACCUGGCGCUGGCAGCAGCCAUGGACCUCGGCAACAAGAAGUCCCAGCUCCAGCUUUGCACACGAUUGGCUACGAUCUACCACAACUUUCUGGUUGACCGGGAGCUCUCACUCUUCUUCUACCAGAAAGCGCGAGCGUUCGCCUCAGACCUCAAUGUACGCCGCAUCAACCUCUCGCCCGACCAGAACUUCAGUAGUAUGUCACAGUACAAGUCGAAUAGGUUUAGCACUCAGGAACCAACAAUUAAGUAACCACCAAACCACCAUCUUAGUUUGGCAGAAGAAUGGAGAGUUUAAGGUAUCAGAGGAAAUUGUGCCAAGUGGAUGUCGUAUGUUGGGUUUGAAGAAGUGUACAUAUGUAAUUUGAGAUUUUUAAACUGUUGAGAUGUGUUGAUGUGAUUUUGCCAAUUAGGGUUCUGUGCCGUACUGAACAAUUUCACUUAUAGAAUCAUAUAGCAAUAUCUAGAAUUGUCUUCAGUUGAAGACCUGAAAUUAGAUGAAGUCAUGGUAAAAGGAAUGAAUCAUGAAAGACAUACAGUACCAGUCAAAUGUUUGGACACCCUUACUCAUUCAAGGGUUUUUCUUUAUUUUUACUAUAUUAUACAUUGUGGAAUAAUAGU